AUGGUCGCGCUCCCCAAACCAGAUUUUGAAAGGCCUUGCAAACACUGCAAGGCAAAAAAGGUGAAGUGUCCGACAAGCUUCCCAAAGUGUCUAAGAUGUGAAAAGGCCAACCUUGACUGCAAUAUCGCAGAAGAGGUAGGGUAUAGCCACAAGACAGUUGAACCUAUUAUAAGACAGCUCGAGCAAUCAAAAAAGGACAGCCUGAUUGAAAAUGUGGCUCAUGAAGUUGGAAGCCUGGUGGUCACAAACAACAUAAAUUCAGGAAAAUACAUUGGAGCAGCCACGGGCCUCAACUUUGCUCGUUUGUUUCUAAAACAGUUGGACCUGAAAAAUAAUCUGGACAAACCUAAUACCAGCGACUUCGAGAAUUUUGAUCUCGAAGUCACCCAGUCCUGUGCAGCCUUACCUUCAAAACAAAUGUCAAAGUUCUUAUUGCAGAAAUAUAUCGACACGCUGCAAAUCUAUUACCCAAUCCAUAACAUACCUCAAUUGCUCUUGUUACAAACUAAUAUUUAUGAGCGCCCGCAAGAAAUAUCACGCUAUGAAAAAUAUACCUUCUUCAUGAUCAUGGCAAUUGCGUCACAGAAACUUACACAUGCUGAUGCGAUACGAAACCCCUUUACCCCCAAUGAAUAUUACAACACUGCUUCUAGAUAUUUGGAGAACAUAUUAGGAAAUCGGUCUGAAAAAUCUCUCCAGGCUCUUCUUUUGCUAGUCAUAUGGAAGCUAGAGUCAGAUGCUUUAGAAGACGAUAAUGGAGAUCUUUGGUACCUGAGCCGGUUUUGCAUGUCGCUUGCGAUGGAGCUUGGGGUUCAUCGGUAUAAUCCCACAUGGAGUUUUGGCGAGGAGCGUGAUGAGCAACGAAACAGGUUAUUCUGGUGUUCAUAUAUAGCCGAUCGAUCGGUUGCUAUGAAGUUCGGACGAGGUCUCUCUCUGAGAACUAAAGCUAUUGAUACUCCUUUGCCAAAACUUCUCAAGGACGAUUACAUCAUUAAUUUGAAAACAUCAUACAAUGAAGUGCAAUUGCUCCCAAGCAUCAUGCUUAUCAAAAUUUCGGAAAUUGCUGGAGACAUGUUGGAAAGCGUUUACACCUCUAGGACCACUGGAAGUGAACCUCCUCUUGACGAUGAACAAAUUCAAUCUAUACGAUCCGAGCUGCAAGAUCGACUGGACAUUUGGAUGAAACAAGUAGAGAUAGAAGUACCAAACAAUCUCAUAUGCUACCACGAGCUCAAAGUACGGUAUUGUGUUUUCUCCAUUGUCUUGAAUAGGCCUUCGCCUUCGUUUCCGUUGCCGGAUGGAGCCGCGGUUCAACUGUGCAAAGAGAAAUGUAUUCUAGGAGUGGAAUGUUACAACUCCUUGAUUGCCAGCGGCUGGAAAGUGACUCCCACAUGUUUACACGAUAUUCUUGCAAUUGGACUCACCAUGAUCUAUUGUUGCUGGAGACUCGAAUCAAAUGCGACGGAUAUAAAUAACUUUUCCAGGAGGUUGUUGAAGAUCAUGCAAGAAGCUUGUACUUAUUAUCCCAAAUAUACGAGAUUCAAAUCCUUAUAUGAAACAGUUUCGGGUGCAAUCGCAGAGCAAUUAGAUAGAGAAGUGAAGACCAAAAGAAAAAUGGACCCGGGCACUAGAGUAAGUAUGGAUCCACAUAAUCAACUGGAGUGGAAUGAGUGGUUUUCGCAAGAGGUCUUCCAUGAUGGAUUUCGCCAAUUCUAUGAUCUUGCCAAUAAUCAUUUGAUAGAAGGCUUAGCUGACUUUGUUCAAAAUGUAUCAGCUAGAAUUGAAAACUAA